AUGAAGGUAUUUAUUCUGGGUGCUACAGGCUUUCUGGGAUUGCCAGCGGCAGAAGCGUUCGUUCGGGCAGGCCACAUCGUUUAUGGUAGUACGCGAUCGCGAAAGAGUGCAGAGGAAGUACUAGCACCAAAUGAGAUCAUACCUGUAGUCACUGAUCCUUAUAGUGAAGAGGGAAGGAAGAAAUGGGGAGUUAUAGCAGCUCAGUGUGACGUCGUCAUCGAUGCGUUAUCCGCGAAUGGGGCUAAACCCGCUAUCGAUAUCUUUCAUAACUUCUUGAAACAUCUUGACAGGCCGAAGGGAUCGCCCAAACCCACAUAUAUAUACACUUCUGGAUUAUGGAUCAAUUCCCGAGGUUAUGGCGGAUUGGAAAAGUGGACUGACGAAAGACAACCCACUUCGACAUACAACGAGGCCGUACAAUGGCGUCCGUUGAUAGAAGUGCCGGUUUUGGAAAGUGAGAAAGUUCACGGUAUCGUGAUUCGAGGGGCAGUCGUAUACGGCCGUGAUGGCUCUGCAUUCGCUAGCUAUAUAUUUGAUGAGGCUCUCAAAGCCAGUAAGACCGACGAGAAGAUUUUUGAGACUGUUUACUCCCAUGAGACAAGGAUAGCAUCGAUACAUACAGAUGAUAUUGCAGACUUGUACCUGAGAGUAGCUGAACGGGGACCAAUAUUGAGGGGUCAAGUGUUCAUGGCUUCUAAUCAGUUCACUGAACGUCUCACGGACAUACUAGAUGCAGUAGUGAGGGUUUCAGGAUGUAAAGGAUACAGAGCGAAGGCACCAAAAGGGGCAAUGCAAGAAGCCUGGGUGUCUUCCACUCUCUUCAAGCCUAGUCUGGGAAAUGCCUUGACAGGCUGGCGACCAAGGAAGAUGAGUUUGGUGGAUGGAAUGGACAUUUACUGGUCUUCAUAUCUGGCUAAUAAGCAAUUACGGGAACCAUGA